AUGGCUGCGCUUUAUUCCAAGGUAGAGGCGGGCUGGGCCUCCGUCGUCUCAACAUACUCCCCCGCAACGAUAGAAUUCGUUGGAACCUCUAUCGUCCAGCUCGUGAGCUUCUGGAUCCCUUCAGCAAUAUAUCUUGGUCUCGAUCGAUGGGCUCCGGCCUUCUCGCAAAGACAUAAAAUCCAGCCUGCACCGAAACAGCCUACAGCCAAGGAGAUAAAACAUUGUUUCUUCUACGUGUUCAAGAACCAACUGCUAUCUACGGCCCUACACAUCCUCCUGCUCACCCUCGUCCUACCAACGCUGCCGCCGCUGGCAAUUCUGGCCCGAGACUUUGUUCUCUCCAUAUUACUCCGUGAAGCCCUCUUCUACUACGCCCAUCGUCUGCUCCAUCAUCCCUAUUUCUAUGUCCGGAUUCACAAACGGCAUCACAAAUUCACGGCCCCUGUGGCACUGGCGGCUCAGUAUGCCCAUCCAAUCGAGCAGAUAGGUGCUAAUAUUCUGCCUAUAACUCUUCCUCCGCAGCUACUGAAGAGCCAUAUCAUUACCUUUUGGAUAUUUAUGGCCUAUGAGCUGUUUAAUACCGCGACUGUGCAUAGCGGGUAUGAUUUCCUGGGGGGGAAAGCAAAAAUGCAUGAUUUGCAUCAUGAGAAGUUCAAUUUGAACUAUGGAUCUAUUGGGUUCUUGGACUGGUUUCAUGGGACGGAUAAGUUGAGGAGCAAGGAGAAGAAGAGCAAUUAG